GCGGCGGCAGUGAGUGAGUGAGUGAGUGACGGACGGUGUGCAGCAUGGCGGGGCUGUGUGCGCGAGGGCAGCGGAGCGGCUGUCCUCACCGUGACCCCGAGCCGCAGCGCCACCGGGAGCGGCCCCGGCCCCGGCCCCGGCCCCAGGCCCAGGCCCGGCCUCUCUGGGCACCGUUAUUAGUGGGCACCGUGCAGCUGCUGUUAGCGAGCUUCCCACAGGCCAUGGCCGCCGCGCAAGCCCUCGCUGAAAUGCCCAAUGUGGUGGAGCUUUGGCAGGCAGAAGAGGGAGAUGUGUUCCUUCACACUCAGGCUACUUCUGAACAGAGUGUAGAUGAGCUGCCUCUGGAACAAAGCUCAGCAAGUGGGCCUUGUCCAAGCACCUUACAUUUUAAACCUCGACUGUUGGAUUUUGGUUUACAACCAAUCGGGCAGCCAGGGGUUAAAGAGUUUUUUAUACAGAACCCAAGCUGGGAGUUGCCAGUCGUAUUGGUUUCAGUGUUUACGUUGGGUAGGCAUUUCCAUCUACCACCUGUAGAUAGCAUGAUAAUUCCAACAGGAGGAAACAUUCUAUUUAGAGUUGUCUUUCUGCCCACUGAAAAAGGAAGUGUGCAAAGUUCUUUAUUUAUAAACACUUCUACACAUGGGACUCUUUCAUAUCAGAUGAUUGGUGUUGGAGUUCCCAUUCCCGAGCUGUGUGGGGGUGACAAACUCAUCUUUUUUCCACGCAUUCAAAAUAUUCAGGAAAAAAAAUCAAAUUGCACACACUCAGAACUGAGUUUUGAACUUACUCUACCUUUACAGAGCUACAAAGAUUUCCAGAAACAUUGCUUGUCGAGGAAUGGAAAGCUUAUACUAUUUGUCGACAUCUCUCUCCACAUGGGAGAGUGCUACAAAGAAUUUGAAAUAGUAAAGAGCUAUUUGUUAGAAAACAUUUUUGUACUUUAUUUACCAGUUCACAAAGAAGGUACCUCAGGUGAACAAAUAAAUUUGGUGUACUUCUUGCAUUCAGGGAACAAUAUUUUGUAUAUUAAGAAUGUUCAUUUUCUGCCAAGGGCAAGCACAAUUACUGUUGAGUUUGAGCCAAUACUCCUGGAAACAUCUGGGACCAAUUUGACGAGGGUUGCUUCUAUUAUUUGCAAAGCUGCUAUGUCUGAUGAUAUAGGAAACUGUUCAGGUGAAGUGACGCACGUAAUAAAUGGCAGCUUAAUAACAAAAACAUUUCCUGCACUGCAGCUAAUAGAAAGAAAUAUGGAACAUGACUCUUUAAGCUCAUUUCAAGUCAGGGCGGGACAUGAAUUCUGGACAGUCUGGUUUACAAAUUACUUCAAGUUCAAAAUCUUGAUAAGGAAUGUUUCUAUACCUGAAGAAGUCUCACAUCUGUUAACAAUUCUUAAUUUUACUGGUCCAGUGACGCUCAUACCAGGUUGCUGGCACAUCUUGUCACUACAGUUUAAAGCUGGGAAAACACCUAGAACCUUAAACACGGACCUGACAAUUGUAAUUGGGUCAGGGUUAGUGCUCAAGCUCCCUUUGCAUCUCUGCUUGCUUCGUUUGCAGGGGAAUAUGUAUUCCGACUCAAUUCUGCAGUGCGGUGUAUACUGCUAUCUAGGAACAGAAGCUGCUGUGCACUGGCAUAACAGUCUUUCUCUGGGAUUCUUGUCCUGGAAAGUGGAUUCUGAGCUAGGUUUGGAUUUACGAUACAAGUGGCAACAAAUGACAGAGAAAAGAGUAAAGAGGAAAAUAUUGAUAGAUGAAGAUCAUCUUAUGCAUGAGAAAAUCCAGGAAUCAUUCUCAUCUGACUUUAUUUGGCCCCGUUUAUCUCAAGACUUCCUAAUAAGCUUCAGUGCUACUGCUUCCCACAGCGCAACAAUAAAACACUUUAUUUUGAAGAACCCAUCAGAUCUACCAGUCACAGUGCAACUAUUGCCAGUUGCUUAUUAUCCAAAUCCAGAAGAUGUUUUAGUCCUCCUGAAGAAAUGGUAUGAACUAAGACAAGACAUUAAUGUCACGACAAAUGAAUUUAUGCUGGUGAAGACACUUGACCAAAAGGGUUCCAAAUACGUUGAACCGGACAGCAAGCAAAGUGAUGGCAUUCUUCAGUUCACUUUACAGCCUCGGGAAAUGAGGAAGGUUGGUGUUGAGUUCACACCAGUUACACACGGCCUGGUCACAUCACUCCUACUGAUAAGAAACAACCUUACUGUACUCGAUGUGGUGACUGUGGAAGGCUUUGGGGCUAUUGAGGUGCUGAAAGUGGGAGGAAAGCUGCCUGGAGCAUCAGGCUCUCUUCGAUUUAAGGUUCCGGAAUCCACACUCAUGGAAUGUAGAGGCAAGUCAAAAGGAAAUGAACUCAACUUGACCAUUAGAAGGAGUUUUAAGGUUGAAAAUGUUGGACCACUGGCUGUCUCGGUGAUUUCAAUGAGCAUUAAUGGAUACAGAUGUCAAGGAUUUGGGUUUCAAAUUCUAAAAUGUGAAUCAUUUGUGCUGGAUGUUAAUUCUUCACAUGAGAUCAGCAUUCUGUUUACACCAGAUUUCACUACUUCCUGGGUGAUUCGUGAAUUGCAGCUUUUAACUGCAAGAGGCUUGCAGUUUCAGUUUACUCUGAAUAUGACUCUUCCACAUCACCUGUUACCUCUUUGUGCAGACUUGGUGCCAGCACUGAGUUGGGAACAGCCAUUCUGGAUUGUCGUCUGUCUCUUUAGCUGCUUGCUGCUUGUUUGUGUCAUCAUCAUGGCCUACCAACGUGCUCAGUACAUUUUGAGAGAGUUUAGUCAAUCUAGACAACGAACAUGCCAGACCUCCCUGCUGCUCCAACAGGAUAGGACCUCCAUUAACACACUUGGCGCUACAACUUGCAAGUUAAGUAGAACUGGCUGUAAGACUUGCAUUGAAGGCAAGAAUUCGCCAGAUAGAGGAAAAGGAAGAGGGACCGUACAAAUAAAUGGAACCCCUGUCCGAACUCUAAAUAUUUCAAAACGGAGUCCUGGUAACGCGAGCCAUUGUUCAAAAAAGCUCAAAUACUACAACAAAAAUAAAUUGAAUACUUCAAACAUUAGCUGUGGAACUAGUGAAGAAUAUCAGCUGACCAAUGGCGGGCCAUUUUAUUGUUCUAAAGAGCAACAGUCUUGCACUGAGUCUCCUCCAUAUAUGAAGCCAUGUGAUGAAAGGUUUGUAGGACAAGAUCUGGAAAAAGUGGAGGAAAUUGUACAAGAGUGUGAGAUUAAACCAUUUUGUCUUGAAACUGAACCUACUACUGAACAUGCUGAUCAUGAGCCUGUGACUUGUGUACUGUCAGAAGAAAGAAGUUCUGAGAUUCCUAUUGCUGCCCUUGACAAUAAAGAAUUGAGUCACUACGGAUCUUUCCAUGCACAUUCUCUCGAUGACCACCGUGAUCACCUAGUGCCAGAAGAAAGCUUCAGGACUGAUGAAACACAAGUUGUGUCAUUGACCACUAUAGAUAAUCUCCAGCAAGGAACAAUGGAGAAGAUCAGUGAAAAUGUGAAAACAGAAGCACAGGUGCCUGACAAACCACAAGAAAAAAAUUGUGUGCCAGAGCUACAGAAUGCACAGCCUCCCUUUGUAACAUACAAACUAUCCACAUCUGAGACUCCAUUGGACAAGGUUAAACAGAAAAGACAAGUGAAAGGUGAAGUUACAACCCAUAAUAAAUGGAAAGGAAGAAAAUCAUCUGGGAAAAACAAUAUUUCUCUGAAGUUAGCUGAUCAGGCAGGUGGUGUGCACAGUCAGAGGAACUACAAUUGCAAACAGAAGGAAGCUCUAUAUCAGGACCGAUCUAGGAAAGUGUGGCAAUGUGCAAAAAAAGAGAAGAGUAACAUUCAUACAAAACCAGACAUUUAUCUUAAAGAGGCAGAAGGUGAUUGUUGUUCAAACUGGAAGAUGCUGAUCAGGAAAGUGCGUUCUGGUGAAUCUAGCUCUGAUUCUGGAAGUUCGUCAGACAGUGUGAGAGCAAGUCUUGACAGCUGGGGAAGCUGGAGCAGUAGCAGUUCUGAGGGAGAGAAGGAUCAAAGUAUCAAUCCCCAAUUGCACUUCGUAUCCUCUGCUACACAGAAGGAGAGGAUUUUCCAGCAGGCGUCUCCAAUUUAUAGCCCGUCAUUGCAAGAACAUCACAGUUCAGGGAAUAGAAGAUUUGUUCAUUUCAGCCACUCCACCAAUAACAAUGUAUGUUUGAGAGGAGAUGCACAGUCUUCGACUCCCCCUGAUAAAAACCAUUGCCCCACCUUUGCUGCAGUAGCUGCGGGUUUAAAGAAAAGUCCAGGUCUUUACACAACUGUGAAUGGUCAGUGUUUAAAAUCUAUUCCUCCUGUACAUGGUUUGGCAUAUCUCUCAGGGAACGGUGUGCAGAUUGAGCCCCAGUCAGGAGAUGCUGCUGAUUACAGUGAUCAUUGCAACAAUGCCUUAAGCACGUUUCAUGAGAAUUAUUUCUCGAAUGUUUCUGAAGCCAACGUGAAUUUGCAUAAUCCCUUCAUUGAUAUUGAAGGCGAAAAUUCAUCACUUGCUGAUUCAGCUUCCAGUUGGACCAACUUAGAGGCUCCCUGUAGCUGGAAUCAUUCAAACUAUGUCAGAACUCCUUCCUACCUCUCAGGCACAAGAAGUCUGUCCCCUAUGUCUGGAUUGUUUGGAUCCAUUUGGACCCCACAAUGUGACCCUUAUCACAGCUACUUCACAUCUGGUAGUCCAGUCUCUUACACAUUGGUGAAUGAAAAUCUGGAAACAGCUUGCAGUCAAGAACAAACAGCCAGUUUUGAUCCUUUUGGCACUUACAUGAACCUGCAUAUUUGGAAUUCUUCCUGCAGUCGUGUCUGUAGCUCUCAGCUGUCUAGUGACUCAGGUUAUUAUGGAGAGAUUUGAGUUAGACUUUUUUUUAACUAAAUGUGUGCAUCAAAAUAGUUCAAAUCCUUUAAGAGUAUUUAGGUGCAUUAAAUCUCUUUUAUUUUUUUAUUUUUUCUGAUUUUAUACAGAGGAAAUUGCACUUAACAGGAAAGGAAAUCCUCAAGAUUUUAUAA